CUGACGUCAGAGCAGCCAGUAGUUUGUCCAGGGUGCCUGAGUCCGGACUUGUGGAGAUAUCUGCUGGGAGGAGGAGCUGUCAAAGUUUGAGUUUACCAGGGAGGAAAACUCCUUUGCAUAACAAGGAAAAAGCCAGAGGUUUCCAAGUUUUGAUAAAGCGGAAUAUCGCGCGUUGCUGGCAUGGAAUGACACCAUCUCACCAAGAACUUCAUAAACACGAUGGCAACCUAUUUUCUGAAGUGGAUCAUUCUCACCUCUCUGCUCUGCUUUGGCUCUUGUGUUCUUGCGGAAAAGAAAGUAUGCCAAGGCAUCACCAACCGUCUAAAUCUUCUGGGUUCCAAAGAGGACCACUACCAGAACAUGGUGAAGACUUACAGCAACUGCACCGUGGUCCUAGAGAACCUGGAGGUCACCUACAUGGACGAGCACCGGGACCUGUCCUUUCUCAGGUCCAUUGAGGAAGUGGGUGGCUAUGUCCUGAUCGCCCUCAACACAGCUUCCAGGAUUCCCCUGGAGAACCUACGCAUCAUACGAGGUCAUUCACUCUAUGAGGGAGGGUUUGCACUCGCCGUUCUGGCCAAUUAUGACAAAGCUACAGGUCAGGGCACCAAUGAGCUUCUUCUGACCAGCCUGACAGAAAUUCUUAAAGGAGGUGUAAAGUUUGGGACCAGCCUGCUAUGCAAUGUGGAAACAAUACAAUGGUAUGAUAUCGUCAACAUGGACAGCAAACCCAACAUGGAGCUCCCAGUGGCCAGCAACAAUCCACUUUGUAAAAGAUGCGACUCAAGCUGUUUCAAUGGGUCAUGCUGGGCACCUGGUCCUCAAAACUGUCAGACACUAACAAAGCUGAACUGUGCACAGCAGUGCUCUAAGAGAUGCAGAGGAUCUUCGCCCAGUGACUGCUGUAAUGAGCACUGUGCCGCAGGCUGCACAGGACCACGGCCCACCCAAUGUCUGGCCUGUCGGGACUUCCAGGAUGAAGGGGUGUGUAAGGACUCCUGCCCAGGCCUCAUGCGCUAUGACCCCAACUUGCACCAGCUGGUACCUAACCCACAUGGAAAAUACAACUUUGGUGCCACCUGUGUCAAGAGCUGCCCACAUAACUAUGUUGUGACCGAUCAUGGCGCGUGUGUGCGGGCGUGCAGCGGCAACACAUACGAGGUGGACGAGGGAGGAAUUAGGAAGUGCGCCAAGUGUGACGGACUGUGUCCAAAAGUGUGCAAUGGACUCGGAACAGGAGAUCUGACUCGCAUCCUGUCUAUCAAUGCCACCAACAUUGACUCAUUUAAAAACUGCACCAAAAUCAAUGGUAACAUAGCUAUCAUCCACACAUCGAUUUACGGGGAUGCAUUUACCAAAACACCAAAGAUGGUUCCUGCGCAGCUCGAUGUGUUUAAGACAGUUAAAGAAAUUACUGGGUACUUGUGGAUUCAAACAUGGCCAGAGAGCAUGACCUCGCUCAGUCCUUUUGAAAAUCUGGAGAUCAUUCGAGGACGAACUAAACGUGGUAGCCGCAGCGUGGUUAUGACUCAGCUCAGUAUCGACUACCUGGGCCUUCGGUCCCUCAAAGAAAUCAGCGAUGGAGAUGUGGUUAUUGUUAAGAAUCAGAACCUGUGCUACACUAAUAAAAGUCACUGGAAGGGGCUUUUCAAGUCAGAACGCCAAAGUGCUACAAUAGAGGAUAACGCUGAUGCUGACGCAUGUGCUCUGAGGAACAAAACGUGUGACAGGAAGUGUACCGCAAUCGGCUAACGUGGGGGGCGGCGGCCCGGGACGUUGGUUUCCUGCCGUGGUUACAGCCGUGGUGGGAGCUGUGUUGACUCUUGCAACAUCCUGGAGGGAGAGCCACGGGAAGCAGUCGUGAAUAAAGCCUGCAUGGACUGUCACCCCGAAUGCCAACGCAUGAAUGGAACUGCAACCUGCAGUGCGCCUGGUUCUGGAAACUGUACUAAGUGUGCAAACUACCAAGACGGUCUGUUCUGUGUGUCUCGCUGCCCCCAAGGCGUUCCCGGAGAGGACGACAUGCUAGUGUGGAAAUACGCAGAUGAGAUGAAAAUGUGCCAGCUAUGUCACGAAAACUGCACUCAGGGGUGCGUUGGGCCUGGUCUCGAAGGCUGCCAGAGAAGCAAUUCAGGUCUUUCCAUGAUUGCUGCUGGUGUAGUCGGUGGGCUGCUGGCUGUGUUCAUUGCAGGUCUCUCUGUGUUUGUGUUGCUACGCCGACGCCACAUCAAGAGAAAGAGGACCAUGCGCAGACUGCUCCAAGAGAAAGAGUUGGUUGAACCCCUGACUCCAAGUGGAGAGGCACCAAACCAGGCUCUACUGCGAAUCCUGAAGGAGCCUGAAUUUAAGAAAAUCAAAGUGCUGGGAUCAGGGGCUUUUGGCACUGUUUACAAGGGCCUGUGGGUUCCAGAGGGAGAGGAUGUAAAGAUCCCAGUAGCCAUCAAGGUUUUGAGAGAAGCCACAUCACCAAAAGCAAACAAAGAAAUACUGGAUGAGGCUUAUGUGAUGGCGAGUGUGGAACACCCCCAUGUGUGUCGCCUGCUUGGCAUCUGCCUGACUUCCACAGUGCAGCUCGUCACCCAGCUGAUGCCCUACGGCUGCCUGCUGGACUAUGUCAAAGAGAACAAGGACAACAUUGGCUCCCAGCACCUGCUUAACUGGUGUGUCCAGAUAGCCAAGGGUAUGAACUACCUGGAAGAGCGCCACUUGGUGCACCGUGACUUGGCAGCCAGAAACGUCCUGGUGAAGACUCCUCAGCAUGUCAAGAUCACCGAUUUUGGUCUGGCCAAGCUCCUCAAUGCAGACGAGAAAGAGUAUCAUGCAGAUGGAGGAAAGGUUGGUGGGAGAUUAGUGUUAGCAGGUUUCAUCUGUCUGUCCUGAAUGUUUCAAAAAGAU